UGAGCACACCACAAAACUUACAUCAAUGAUAUAAACUGUUCAAUACUUGGUCGAAAACGCGACUGGGGUGGAGCCUGCUCCGUGGGAUAUAAUUGACGGAGCCGUUACACACAAAGCGUCACAUCCCCGCUAAAUUUGGAGGAACGGUCUCUCUCUCUCUCUCUCUCUCUCUCCUCUUUGUUUCUAAAUCAUGGUAGACAAUCGUCAUUCUCUCUCUCCAAAUCGUGGAUUUAGCAGUUGAUGAUUACCACUAUCCUAUAUUUUCUGUUUCGUUGCACAACGAGAGAGAGAAAGAGAGAGAGAAUAAUAAAAGUAUGCAAUGGAAAAUUAUGAUUCUCUCUCUACACCUUCUCUCUCUAGCCAGCUUCUCCUCUGUCAAGAAUCUGAGACUUGCCUAGACCAACAACAGCUAGACGAUGAAACCACCUUCAUUGACCUCACAACUAAUUACUCUGUUGUUUCAGACACUAGUCAAGAAAAAGAAGAUGAUGAUGAUGAUGAUGAAUACGUACAAAUGUUGCUUCACAGAGAGCUCAGUGUUGGACUCCAAUGUCGCCAAUCGAAAUCCGAACCUUCAAACCUCGCCGCGAUCGAUAGCUGGAUCGAAUGCUCUCGCUUAGACGCCAUCACUUGGAUUCUCAAAACUAGAGCCUUGUUCGGAUUUCGAUUUCAAACUGCUUACUUAUCAGUGAUCUAUUUUGAUCGGUUUCUUUCGAAGCGAUUCAUCGAUAAUAAAAAAGAUUGGGCGAUUCGGUUGCUAUCGUUGGCGUGUUUAUCAUUGGCUGCAAAGAUGGAGGAGUGCAGAGCACCAGCGGUGUCGGAGUAUCGGGAUAUUGAAGAUUACAACUUGGAGAGCAAAGUGAUUCAGAGAAUGGAGCUUUUGGUAUUGAAUACAUUGGAAUGGAGAUUGAGUUCAGUCACUCCUUUUGAUUACAUUAAUUAUUUCAUCACCAAGUUCUGCAAAGAUCAAUCUCCACCAAGGAAUAUAAUCUCUAGAAUUGGACAUCUUAUCUUGGCUAUGAUGAGAGAUGCAAAAUUAAUGGCUCAUCGACCAUCAGUCAUAGCCGGGGCAGCCGCAUUGGUGGCAUUGGAUGGAAAAUUAGCAAGACAGGCCUUGGAGCUUAAGAUCAAUGCCUUAUCUCCAAGUAGAUUUCUUGAAAUUGAGGAUGUAUUUUCUUGCUAUAAUCGAAUGCAAGAACUGGAAAUGGGGAAAAUCACAAUACCCAAAUGUAUAAAAUCGGCGGACCAGUCACCGGGAUUGAGAGAUGCUUUUGAAAAUUCUUCUGUUACUUCUGCUCUGAGCACUAAGAGAAAGAGGCUUACAAUCAGUGGUUGUGAUCAAAAUUACGGCGUACCAGACGAGAAGCGGCAGCAGCAGCGAUAGAGGAAUGCUAAGUGAUUAUUAGCCUAAUGAGUGGUUUAAUUUUUAUAUAUUUGUUUCCUCUCAUCACUUCUUGGGUAUGAUUUUGGAGUUGAUUGGGUUUCUGGACAGCAACACAUAAAAGAAAGGAAGAGAAGGAAAGAAGGGGAAAAGGGAAAUAAAAGCAAUGCUUUAGGCAACAAGGAAAGUGUUUUUUUGGGUCCAAAUGUUUCACAACAAAGUGGAGCGGAGGUCCCUAAGAUAGGACAUGAAAGGUGCUUUGUACAACAACAACCAUUCUUAGUUUGUGUCACUUGUUCAAUUUGUUUUAUUUCUUUCAAUCUUUGCUUUUUUUCUAUAUCUUUUGGGUGUUGUAACAUCCUUUGCAGCCCUAACUUUUGAUGAUUGGGGUGUGCUUGGGAUGCUUUUCAUGUCUUUGAAAAGCAAUUGAGGACUUGAGAAGAGUCAAGAGAGGAGAGGGAGGGGGAUUUGGGGAGCUUCUGUUUGGGUGAUUUGAUGUUUCUGUGUUGCAUGUUGGGCCAUCAAACAAGGUUGUAAAGGUGAAUGUGAUUGGAUUUGCUUGAAUGUUUGGGGCAUACCUUUUAAAA